CCUCCACUUCGUGGAUUUCUUGGAAUUGGCCGCCAUCAGGCAGACCAUGGGCCGGCCCCAGGCAGACGGAACAGCCCGAGUCCCCAAACCCCAGCCGCCGAUUGCCUUGCCACCAUUUGCAACACCCCUGCCACGAAACUUCAAAUCCUGCCCUAACGAUGGAUUGGUGGAGCAGUCUGGGCGAUCAGCCCCUGCCUUCUUGGUCGGGCCCCACGGGCGCCAAGCAGGACGGCGGCGGCAGCACGCGCGGCUGCGGCCUGGUGGGCUCGAUGCGACUGCACCGAGCAGUAAACCUGAGGGACAGCGGUCUGGUCGAGCGGCUGGUGGUCGGCGAGGGCCUGGACGUGAACGAGGUGGAGGCGGCCGGCAACACGCCGCUGCAUAACGCGGCCUGGUCGGGUUGGGAGGAGGGCGUACAGCAGCUGCUCCGACUGGGAGCCAAAGUGAACGCCAGCAACAAUGCCGGCGACCGGCCCUGGCACUGGGCCCGCAACAUGGGGCACACUGGCGUCAUGGCAAUCCUGGAGCAGCACGGGGCGGUGAAGGAGCGGGGCAAGGUGUUGGUACAGGAGCACGUGCCCAAGGUCAAGGACUUCUACUCCAAGUCCUGCUGGUCGCACCACCCGCUGCCGUACGCGGACUUUGUGGCGGCCAAGCGAGCGGAGGUCAAGGCGCAGGAGGCCGCGUCGAAGAGCGCGCUGCGCAGCAGUGCACCGUAGCGGGAUGCCGGCACAGCGCCACAGCAGAGCCACUCCUCGUUAAUAAACGUGCCGGUUAAAGUUAUGCGACUGCUGAUUUGCGGUUCUCAUUGGACGAGAUGCUGAGCAUACGUUGCGCGAUGGUGGCAAGUGAUGAUGUUUGGUAAGGUGAGGGAUGCA